GUCACCGGUCACGUGAGUUGGGGCGCGCGCGGGGCAUGGCGGGAACCGCGGGGUAGCCCCCCCCCCGUCUCCACACGCGAACUCCCUCAGCCGCGGGCUCCGCGCUCGCUGAGCUGCUCCACGUCUCGUGUCGCAAGCGGGGGGGGGAGACUUCGCCGCCGCCGCCGUGCGAGAGAGACCAGCUCGGCACCGUCGCUCCGCCGCCGUCGCUGCUGCCGCCACCGUCUCCCCCUUCUCCUCGGAUGACUCAUGAAGCUGCCGGGCAGUAAUGUGAUGAAUAAAUACGAGUUCCUGCAGAUCGUGGGAGAAGGUGCCUACGGAGUGGUUAUGAAAUGCCGACAUAAGGAGACCAAUGAGAUUGUGGCCAUCAAGAAGUUUAAAGACAGUGAAGAUCGCGAUGAUGUGCGGGCAACGACGGCGCGUGAGCUGGCCGUCCUGCGGCGCUUGCGUCAGGAGAACAUCGUCGAGCUACGGGAGGCGUUCCGGCGACGAGGGAAGCUCCACCUCGUCUUCGAGUACGUGGAGAAGAACAUGCUUCAGCUUCUGGAGGAGUUGCCAAACGGAGUUCCACCAGAGAAGGUCCGAAGUUACAUCUACCAGCUUACGAAGGCCAUUCACUGGUGCCACCACAACAACAUCAUCCACCGAGACAUCAAGCCAGAGAACCUCCUCAUUGGCUUGGAUGAUGUCCUCAAGUUGUGUGACUUUGGUUUCGCCAGGAACCUGUCUGAUGGCAGCAACGCCAACUACACCGAGUACGUGGCCACGCGUUGGUACCGCUCCCCCGAGCUGCUGCUCAACGCUCCCUACGGCAAGUCGGUGGACAUGUGGUCCGUGGGCUGCAUCCUGGGCGAGCUGAGCGACGGGCAGCCCUUGUUUCCCGGCGAGAGCGAAAUCGACCAGCUCUACACCAUCCAGCGGGUCCUGGGACCUCUGCUGCCUGACCAGAGGCAGCUGUUCCUCAGGAACCCACGCUUCCAUGGCCUGAGGUUCCCCACCGUCGUCUAUCCCGAAACGCUGGAGCGCAGAUACCUCGGUGUGCUCAGUGGUGUCAUGCUCGACCUCAUUAAGAACUUGCUGCGGUUGGACCCGGAGGAGCGUUUCGACGCGGGACUCGGUCUCAACCACCCAGCGUUCCUCACACAGCGCCUGCUGGACCGCCCAACGCGGGACUGCCCCCCCGCCCAUCCCAGCCACAAGCACGGGUCUCCCACACAGCACAGCCCUCGGGAAAGCGAGGAUGCCGGGACUGCCCCUUCCGUGGAUUACAGCUCCAGGAGCGGAGCACAACAACUGGCUACAACUGCCAGCGCCACCUCCGCCACUCUCCCCGCUCACAACAACAACAACCACGACCGCGACAACAACAAUCGCUGCCCAGGAUCGCCCUCCUCCCUGCCACAUCCUCCCACCACUGGCAGUGGCACCAGUUCAGAAUUCACUCCUGGCACGCACCCGCCGCGGCACCACGAAAGCGCCAACUCCAGCGAGCAACUCAACGGCGAGCUCCCGUCACUCCGAACCAGCGGGCGGUCCCACGGCUCGUCGGGGGAGCCAGCACCGAUCGACGGCACGACCGCACCACUACCCUUCUCUACGCGACGCGCGCCUGCGCUCGAGAAGCGUCGCUCGCUGGGCGCCGUCCCGGUUGCGCCGACCGUUGCCAAAACCCUGACCGGCAGCGGCUCGGAGCAGAGCCUCGGCGGACGAGAGAAGCGUCUCUCGUCCGGCAGCGACACCGCAGAGGUUGCAUCCGCCGCCAAUCCCGCCGGUGCCGUUGCCGGCGUCCGUUUGUGGAAGGAAAGCGCCGAGUCGAUCGCCACUUCGCCGAGAGGCUCGGAGCCCGGCGCCGGCUGCCGGUACCUUAAGUCGAGCGGGCAGCGCCAGAGGCGUGACGUUUACGGCCGCUGCACGGCGGAGGAGCGCUUGCUGCGGGUCGACGUGCCGAUCGAACCGAGGGACGAGCCGCGAGCCCUCGCCGAGUCGGUGGCUUCUCCCGUCCGGCGACCCGCGGCACCGCCGCUGCCGACGGGCGCUGGCGGCGCCGUGAGGAACGGGCGCCAGGUGGGAGUCGCUGGCGAGGGCCGGCUGCUGAGGUGGCGCAAUGCUGGACCGGCGGCGGCGGUGCCGGCGCCGGUGGCGGUGGUGACGCCGGGAGCGUUGGGGCAGGCGGCGGCCGGCACGCGGCAUUCGUACGGCGGCGCCGAGAGCGAGAGGGAGGGGACGAGGAGGCGCCGGUGCGAGGCGCCGGUCGGGAUGCUGACGGGCGGCGGUUCCUGCUCCUGCGUCGACUGUGGUGCGGGAGAUGCGAAGGCUGUGCAGAGGCGCGUGAAGCCGUCGUUUCUGAGGGUGCUGUCUCGACAGCCUACGCGGGCCCCCCAUCAUCGACACACAAUGGCCUGUCCGGGCGACGUUGAUUUAUUGGCGUUGGCGGGAGCCUCCAAAGAGAAUACUCCGGUGUGUCGGGAAUCGAGCAACGGGGUUCACAGAUCCAAGCCCCAACUCGGAUCAGAUUUGCCUGCAUUGGAUGGUGCCACCAGGAUCACAAGCCGAGACUCGGACGCGCACGGCUGCCCCAAACGGAUGUCUACCUUUGACCUCUGGAGAGGACUGGAUGUUUCCAUAAGCAGUGGUGCCACCGCCGCAACCACCACCACCGCCGCCGUUUGCCGCACCAAAGAGGAGCGGCUGGGCUUCCUGCAGGCCAUCCGCAAGAAGACUAAGAGCCAGGUUCUUGAGCCGGAUGUCUUAAGGGACAGAGGCGCUGCUGUUCGUGGUGGCGGUGGUGGCGAUGGCGGCGGCGUCGGCAGCAUGUUGUUGUGCCGCUCGACAGAUCCACCUCCACGCAUGCGUCACUAUAACGGCGAGCGCAGCGCCGACUCGGUCUCAUCUACCGCCUCCACGGCCUCCUCCUCCACCUCACACGCACAGCCAAUCAGACUGCUGGGCCGACCUUCUGCGACGGUGGCAGCAUCCGCCAAUCCCGUCGUGGCUCCAGAGCCCCGCCUACAACCUUUUCUCCACCACCACCACCACCAUCAUCAUCAACAGCAUAAUCAGCAGCUUCAUCAGCAGCAUCAACAGCAGCAGCAGCAGCAGCAGCCAGUCCGGAGCGAGCGGCGCCACCUGCAGCCGUACCCUCUAAGGCAAGCGACGUGGGGCGACCAUGCCGCAAAACCGCAGAGGCCGGCGUUGGCGACGUCCACGGCGCCGGCGCUGGGCGGCGGGAAUCACAGCGCCCAGUCCGUGCAGCGCUCCGUGGCGCCGGACACUUUGCCAAAGAAGCCGUGGGAUGUGAAGGCCCGCCUUGUCGGCGGCGCCCAGUACAAGAGGCACGGCGUGAGCGAGCUCAGAGAGACGGCGCUGUGAGCCAUGAGCCCGAGAGUGAUUUGUAGAGUAUUGGCAGUGGGGGUUGGUGUUUUGCAAUCGCAGGGAUUGACUCCCGAGAGUGGCUGAGCGAGCAGCAGCUGCCAAAUAAUAAUGAUCAGCAGGAGAAGUAUCAUUAAUCCAUCAUUAUCAUUAUCAAUCCAUCUACCCAUCAUCAUCACCUUAGGGGCAGAUGAAAUGAUUUGCCCCAAUCUCUGCAGUCUGCAGUGGGUGCUCGAAAGGGAGACUGGUCCUUGCCAUAGGAAUGUGGACUUUUCCCUUCCAACCCAGCACCCGCUGUGGAGAUGAGCACCACUCCGCACACAUGGCACAAGUGUUUGAAAAAAAAAAUUUUGAUUAGAUUUUUUAUUAUUCUUAACAUUUAUUGAACAUAUUGGAGUUUUUGUUCUUUUAAUUUCGUUAAAGCAUGCAAUGAUAAUCAACUCUCAAUUACUGCAUUCCUCAAGGAUGCUAAUCAUUUAAGUCGCUGAGCCCGACCUUAAGAAGCAAAAAAGCUUUUAAUCGUUAAUGUUCUCUGAAAAAUAUUCUGCAAUAAUCGUUGUAAAUAUCGCGACGGAAAGAUUUGUUUGGUUUUCGCGGUAAUUUUUGUUCGCGUCUUUGCUUCGUGUGCUGCCUGUCACUGCGACGCACGCGCACACACGUGUGUCUCCUCUUCGUACAGUUAUUUAUGCGGUGUGCUGUUACCCUCCUUUUUUUAUGUACCUCGUUUCGUCCCAUCUUUUGUUUAUCACUUUAAUUAGCACGCACUUUUGCAAUAAUGUUUGACCGAAUGGAAGCACCAAUCCACGAAACGGACGAGUCGCGGAGCCACGAGUCUAGGCCGUGCGUCCGGCGUUUGAAAUGUCGUUAACCGAGAAGUCGUGUGUGUUUGUGUGGCAUCGCUUGACCGUGUCGUCCCGUCCGUGCUGUCUGUGUUCAACCACCAUGCUGUAGGCCACAACAACUCACCGCACUGCAGGUCAUGACUCUUCUUAUUCUGCAUCGUAGAGGUUUUUUGAGAUAGUUGGCGUAAAUAUAAAUGUGUUGUUAAACCCGCCACCACCCGACAGCCAAUUAAUAAGGUUUGUCACGUAAACAAAACGUGCUAAUCAGUUACUAGUCAACACACUGCUUGUGUGUCGGUGAGUAAACGCACCACAAUAUUUACAAUUUGAGUAAAUGUCGGUUUACUCUCCAACAUACAACCGGUGUGUUGGAGAGACCCCGGUGUUUCUCUUGCUGCUGCGGUAGUUUCACAGUGGGAGGGGGGGCGAUAUUGCCAUGCGGUUCAUCCCAAUUGAGUAAUUUGUGGGUACAAUUGUAAAUUUGGACCGUGUAGACCCGGCAUGCAGUGGCCGACCGUUUUCGAAAAGGCAUCACACGUGAUCUGAAGCAGGCAGACGGCACGUAGUAUUGUGCAGUGCAUACACCCUGCAGUAUUAACCGGGGGCGGCUGCCAAAUUUCAAACCGGGAACCUCUUCAACAAGCGGCGAACGCUGCUGCUUGCCCAGUGCCCAGUGGGCCUUGUCAACACCCUGAAAAUAUCCCCCCCCAGGUCACGAUCAGUGCGGCUAACUAAGAUGCUUACGGUGACGAGAUGAAUAUUGCUUUGCCGGCCAUUUCAAGUGCGGUGUCGCUGCUCCACCAUUGCCUCGGUAUCUUCUUAACGAAGUUUGCUCAACAACGAAGCUUCGAUCUCGUGCAUGGGUCAGCCCAGGCUUGUGGUCCCGAGGCAUGCGGCUACAACAUACGAGCUGUUUUGUGUUCUACUUAAUACUUUGAACGGCAAUAAUAUCUAAGUGCACUCAAGUAUAGCUUUUGAUGUUUACCUUGGCAGAACUAUUAUUGUUACUAUAGCAAAUCUACCUUCUGUCUUGUUUUGUAAAGCGUUACUAAGACGUCAUGCAAUUAAAGAGCUGGUUGUUUCUGAAUCA